AUGUCCAAAGGCCCUCGAUGGGCUGCACUGGCGGCAUUGGCCACUUUGAGCGCCUGGCUGUCAAGACUAGAUGUGGCGUCACUAGACUCGAAGAUGUUCGGAUCAGGAAGGCCACCAAAUGCGCAACUAAUUCCUGGGCUUCUGGACAGAGAUGCAAAACGUAUCAAAGGCGCCAAAUGGCGGCAAGGCCCUGCGCUGAUGGAAGAGGCCAAGCGAAAAGUUGAUCCGGCGAUGCCUCCAUUGGAGGACCGCGUCUAUGUGGUAACAGGGGCCACGCGUGGUCACGGCGUUCACACGGCUGCGCGUUUACUGGAUGCCGGCUGCACCGUCAUUCUUCAUGGCAAGGAUGAAGGACGCUUGGUGGAUUACGCGCUAGAAUUGGGCAAGGCUUUCCCGGACGGCAAGAUCGAUACGUUCCUCUGUGACCUGCGCGAGCCGGACGAGGUGAAGGCACUAGGCCAUCUCAUAGCUGACGGCGCCAUCCGAAAAUUCACGGCAUUCUGCACAACGCUGCCACGAUUGACGGAGACUUCACUGGGCGUCGGUGCUACACCUGGAAUGAUCGCAUGGAGACCACCAUCGCGGUCAAUGCGAUGGCACCAUUCCUCUUGA